ACUAUUAGCGUUCCUACGGGUUUGUUUAUAGCCUCACGACACGAAUAAAGGGCUCUAAGGAUGAUUUUCCAAAGCGCUCAUUCAUCGCGGAGCUCAGUGUUUCUUUCUGAGAGCUUCUCAGCUUUAAAUUGAGCCCAAGGAUUAAGCUGCGAAGUAGAAAGGCUGACGACAAAACGUCCCCUUAAAGAGGGUUUCAAUUCUUGACAGUGAAACCAGGAAGCCGGCGGAUUUUCUCGGUAUUAUGCAUGCACAGUCAUACCGCCAGUGCACGCUUUGAAACUUUCACUGCACAUCUGUGCAUCACUGCAUCGACCAGGCACCGAGCCAACGGCUGAAUUCCUACGAGUCCGUGCAGCUCCCACACGUUUACAGCACUAGGACCCAGAGGGAGCUGAAUUUCUGUGAGUCAGUGCAGCUAGCUGAGCCCUGAGAGCAGUGAAUGAGGCUGGAAAGGCAGAGGGAAUGUGAAUGGCUCUUCUGGCUUGGGAAAUUGUCCACGGACUGGGGUGCUACGGACUACGAAACAGCUUGGACGGCCCUCUGCAUUCCCUGUCCCCCCGACGGGCACCGAUUCUGCUCUGAGUGGAACGCGGAAUAAGCAACUCCCUGACUCAGCUACGCUGUUCGACUGGCCCGAUGGCAUGCUGCAGCCAACCCCAGCUCGGCAUCUGGAUGAAAUAAAGACCUUGCUGGGGGAGCAGUUUUUUUGUGCAGUAUACUCAGAGGUGCAUAGCGUAAUGUCCAUGCUGUACUACACUCUGAUUCUAGCUUUUUUGAUCGGCACACAGGCAGCUCCAAAGUCAGAGGACAAUGCUCCACAGGAGUAUCCCGCAGAACAUUCCCUGCUCAAUAUUCACCGGAGUAACAGAGCCCACAGCCCCAAGGCAGCUCCAGAGGCAUUCCACAGCCACUCUACUUGGACGAUAGGUAGAAGAGAAGCUAUAAAUAUCACCAUGGAUCCAAAACUUUUUAAGAGGCGGCGUUUCCGUUCUCCUCGGGUGCUCUUUAGCACGCAGCCUCCGCCACUGUCACGUCACGGACAGAAUAUGGGAUUUCUCAGCACUGCCAGCUCUCUCAACAGAACUGCCAGGACCAAGAGGACCGCACACCCCGUAUUACACCGAGGAGAGUUCUCAGUGUGUGACAGCGUCAGCAUGUGGGUUGGGGACAAAACCACAGCCACGGACAUUAAAGGCAAAGAGGUGACAGUGUUGGGAGAGGUCAACGUUAACAACAACGUUUUUAAGCAGUAUUUUUUUGAGACCAAGUGCAGGGACCCUAAGCCAGUCUCCAGCGGGUGCCGAGGGAUCGAUGCGAAGCACUGGAACUCUUACUGCACCACAACACACACCUUUGUCAAGGCGCUGACAAUGGAGGGCAAGCAAGCAGCCUGGCGAUUUAUUCGAAUCGACACCGCCUGUGUGUGCGUGCUCAGCAGGAAGUCAGGGAGACCUUGAGACGGACCUGAACCCCACAACAGCAUCCUCCCAUCCCCUACCUCAGUCUGUAAAUUAUUUAAGUUAUAAAGGACUGCAUGGUAUAUUUAUAGUUUAUACAGUACAGAAAGAACCUCAUUAUUUAUUAAACUCUUUUGGAAACCUUCUGUGUUUUGUAGCUUAUUUCACAGAAUCACAGAAUCACCAGGUUGGAAAGGACCCAUUGGAUCAUCGAGUCCAACCAUUCCUAACACUCCCUAAACCAUGUCCCUCAGCACUUCAUCCACCCGUUCCUUAAACACCUCCAGGGAAGGCGACUCGACCCCCUCCCUGGGCAGCUGUUCCAGUGCCCGAGGACUCUUACUGUGAAGAAUUUUUUUCUGAUAUCCAACCUGAACCUCCCCUGACGGAGCUUCAGGCCGUUCCCUCUUGUCCUGUCCCCUGUCACUGGGGAGAAGAGCCCAGCUCCCUCCU